CUCUCUCUCUCUCUCUCUCUCUCUCUCUCUCUCUCUUCUUUCUGUUACAGAACAAGAAGUUGAAUGAUACUGAUAUAAUAAGGAAUCUAGUAAAAGAAAUUGAACAGAUGCAAGUAACACUUGACAGGAAAUUGUUUGAGCUUUAUAGUCUAAAAGAACAGCAAUCUUACAUUGCCCAGUUGCGAAAAAACUUGGAGGAGAAGAUGAAGGAGAUGGACAUGCUUAAUAUCACCUUUAAUUCUUUGUAUAAUAAGAUUAAUCAUCUGCAGAAAGAAAUAAAAGAGGAAGUCUCGGCGGAAAAGCAAGUAAAGGUGGCAAAAGAGAUGAUAGAGAAAAUUGAGAGGAAAAUGAAUGCCAAUGAAAGCCAUUUGAAGGUCCAAUUGAUGAUGCUUCAAGAAAAAGUUUCUGGAUUUCAAAGAGAUGAAUUCUCUUACAGAGAUACAGCGAUUGUGGAGAGAAUGAAAGCUCUCAAAGAUGUUGAAUUAGAAUAUUAUGAGAUGAGGAGGAAAAAUAAAGAACUUGAGUUGGAAAAGAGGGAACUGGCAGUUAAGUUAGUUACUGCUCAAGCAAGAAAAACUUCCCUCUCCAACUUGACAGAGAGCAAAAGUAUUACCAAGAUUGAGGAGGAAGUAACUACUUUGAAACUUCACAAUGAGUACCUUUGGAAUCAAGUAGAGAGAUUGCAGAAGAACAGAUUCAGCAUGGUAGAAGAGCUAGUAUACCAACGCUGGCUGAACACUUGCUUGAGAUAUGAAAUCCAAAACUAUGGAAGGAGCCCUUCAAAAUGGGACCUUAUUAGCAAAAACCCAAACCAAAAACCCCAUGAGAAAUCCAAACAACUUCUGUUGGAUGACAGCAAUUCCUCGCACCACUCGUCAACUGAGAGUGAUAAAAAUGACAGUACUAGUACUACUGAAAGCUCUUCAAGUAGCCAGAGAAAGUAUAAGGAGAGUUUCGUUUACUGACUCUGCUACAACUGUUAUCUCAAAAUUUCAAGCGUUGCCAGAUUUAGCUAAAAUUUCUAGCCACAGGGUCUCCAGCUCUGGAUCAGAAUUGGCCAAAGAGGAUGUACAAGAGUUCUCACUGCCAGAAACAUCUGUUGUAAAGACUAGCAGUUUAAUUGAUGCUAAUGAGCAGCAGCCUCUCGGGAAGACCAAAUUAGACAACAGGAAAAAAAAUGCAUACACAGAGAAGGAUAAGCAACAUUCCAGGAUUCCUGAUAUACUUACUACUGAAAAUAAGGUUGAUAAUGAUGUCCACGUUAUAGUUGUUUUCUUCAUAUUUGGAUUCAUAUUAGUUGCUUGUUUUCUGCUCCUUGCUGCUGGGGUUCACCAACAUCCACUUCUGUAUCCGAUUCGUUGAUCGAGGAUUGUAACAACUACAGUGGUAUACGUUGAUCAAAAUAAAAAAUUUCUAAAGUUAUGAA